AUGAAAGAAACAACGUCAUCAACGCCAGAUAGGCGAGUUCGGCGCAUGGAUGAACCCGUCGUUGAACACGCGAGCUGGUCCGCUUCCAGGACUUCAAAAGGCAAAGGCCGGGCCGGACCUUGGCGAUCUGCCGGUCCAGCCUCUGACAGGCCUUGCCUUGAUGAUGGGCAUUCUUCUGAGGUCAGGCCGUUCGCAUCGCUCAUGGAACGAUCAGACGCCCAUGGCGGCCCUCAGGUUCCUGCCGUCGGUCCAUUCGGCGGCAAAGCGUUGCAACUCAGCAUCAUCGGCCGGGAUGUCGAUCAUCAGCGUGAUGAGCUGAUCGCCGCGCCCGCCAUCCUUCUUGUGAAAGCCCUUGCCCUUCAGGCGCAACGUCUUGCCCGAGCUGCUCCCCUUGGGGAUCGUCAGCAUGACAGGGCGCUCGACAGUCGCACCUUGACCGGACCGCCCAGCACCGCUUCGUUCAGGGUGACCGGCAGGUCGAGGCGGACGUCGUCGCCGUCGCGGGUGAAGAAGGCAUGCGGGGCUGACCUCGAUCGUGACGAUCGCAUCGCCGGCGCCGCCCGCUCCGGGGCUCACCCUUGCCGCCCAGCCGCAUCUGCGUGCCCGUUUCGACCCCGGCAGGCAGUUUCAGGUCGAUGGUCUUGCCAUCGCCCAGCGUGA